AUGCCUGUCGGGGCUGAAGAGCCACAUGUACACGAGGACGGCAUGGUGCAGUGCGGCUUCUGCACCUGCCUCACACUCUUGAGGCUGUCUGUUGUUAUCGGUGACACCCCUAACCAGGGUCGCUUCCAUGUCAAGUGCUUCAAGUCGCACUUUGGCUGGCCACCAGGGAAGUACGAUUUCUGGUACUUCUGGCCCCUUGGUAGUGCCCAUCUGUGGAUCCUCCACAUUGCACGGCUAAGCAGCACGCUGCUGCCGUCCUCGUCCUCUAUUGUCGCUGCCUUGGCAGUCAUCGACGGCUUCACCUCGUCUGGAUCAACAUCUGCGUCAGCCAUGGGUCCAUCUCAGCCCCAGCCCAAGACUCGGAGAUCUGGCAAGAAGGCCUGCACAGAGGCUAACUGCCCCGGAUCGACAGUGAAGGGCUGCAAACGCGAACUGUGCUACUCGCAAUGUCGCCUUUUCGGCAACGACUGCCCUAUCCUCUCCCAUCGGCACGAUCAGGACCUCGCGAAGAAGGUGUCAGGGAAGGGAAAGGCAUGGGAGCGCACGCCGUCCUCAAUGCUCUCGCCUUCAGCCCUGCCUGACUCCACGCUGGUGCCAACAUAUGCUGACCCGGGCCUACCGUCGACAUCCACAGGCCCCUUUGACGCUGAGUAUGCGACGUCUCAGGCUAUGCCGCUUGAGCCCCCCCAGCAACCUCUCUACUCAUCGCUGCUUGCUGCCAUUGAGGCGAGCCAGCAUGCAUAUGCAGUCACUUUGGCGUCGACCCUGCCUCAUGCUCUUGCGUCGUUGCAGCCUUUUUGCCCUUUGCAACCUUUCCCUACCCCCUCACCACUACCUUCUCCUCUAGCACGCCCUCUCUCCCCCCCAUCACCGGAGCCAUCCCCUCUCCCUUUGUCACCGCUGCCUCCCUCUAUUGAGCCUUUCUCUUUCUCUUCAACCCAGCCUCCACGGCUGACACAGCCAACACAACCACAACCUAACCCCCCACAGUCGGCCUCAGGACAACCAUACACGCAACAGAUGGAAGACGCUUGGUUCGAGGACUGGAAAGACAUCCCAGAGCAGUCUGCUGUCACGAAGCGGAUCCAACAAGAGCAAAUGCGUGACAAACUGGAUGACGACGACACCCGAAAAGCUACCAUUGUGUGCUAUGACACUAGCGAUGACGAUGAGGACAAUGCUCAAAACGUUCUCAUAUUCAAGUGGGCCCAUGUCCAAGCGAGCGGGUGCCAGGACUUGCACGAUUUCAUCAAGAUGAAGGACCCCCACCGCGCUGACGAUCUUGUUGCCUCUCGCAGUCACCGUUGCAAACGCCCCAGAUACAACUUCCCUCUGUCGUCGCCCGACGUUGUGACUUCCAUGUCGGACGAGGCCUCCUCUGUCGAAAGUCCUAAUCCCCCAUCCGCAAAGCGCAGGAGGACGACUCCUCUAUCCCCCUCCCCCUCUAUGCCUCCUUGCUCCUCCUUGCUCCUCCCUGCAUCUUCUUCACAUGUUGUCGACGUUGACGCAUUGCCCAAGGAGUUUCGCCAUCUCAAGUUCGACAACAUCAAUGACGACACCACUCGUCCGCCUUCGAUACCGGCCCUUGUUUGUGCCAAGGUGAAGACAGUCGGCCGUACAUGGUGGCCGGGUUCAUGGCACGCCUACGACAUCCACUACGGCCUCAAGCUAGCUCGCAGUUCCAAGAUGUCCUUUAUGGGCUUCGAGCGGGCUUUUUGGCGGGUGUUUGGCGUCCGCUACGUUAAGAACACGGUCAAUGACAGCGAACGACGAUGGAACGCACUCAAGUACAGUGAACAGGUUGCCUUUCUCAAGGCAAAGUACAACAGCCAGGGCAACUGGUCAAAGGUGACAGGGCGAGUCAAGUUCAAGACCCCUUCGAACAUCAAGUCUUCCUCGCUUUCAUCACAUUGUCGUGGCCUCGGUACCCAGGACAAUCCCUUUGAGAUCUCCAUGUCCCCGCCAAUCAAGGUCGAAUCCCCACCACCGCCAACGCUGACCUUUGAAGAGGAGGAGGAGGGGACCGACACAGACUAG